AUGUUCGCCUCCCGCCUCUUCACCUGCGGCCUUCGAACCCCAAUCCUCGCCGGAGGUCUCGCAUUCGGCACGACUCUAGCCUUCUCGCCCCUCCUCCAACAGCACCGACACGCCCUCCGCCUCGACUCCUCCCCUUCCAGCGCAUCGCCAAAAGACUGGUCUUUCUCCCAAUAUCAAUCCGACGCGAGCGUUCCCAUCGUAAAGUCCUCCGGGGAUCUCAAUGCACGCGCUGUACGACAGCUCUCGGCAGGGAGCAUAAUAGGGCUCGUAGCUGGCCUCGCCGUCUCCACCUUCAGCAAAUCCCUGGUGCUCCUUAUUGGAUUGCUAGUGGCAGGCGUGCAAACGGCAGAGAGUUAUGGGAUACACAUCGUCCCUUACAAGAGCAUGCAGAAGUAUGUGAAGGGGAUUGAUCUGAGGAGUGUGGUGCAAGAUAAUGUUGCGUUUAAGAUCAGUUUUGGGAUGAUGUUUGCAUUGAGUGCAUUUGCGGAGCUGCCGCAGUAG